UGGCGCGCACUUAUUGUUCGUGAAAUACGCUGUACUUUUUCUUCGCAAUUAGACACACCCUUAACAAGAGGUCCCUUCUAAGUGCGUCCCACGAAUUCUUAUCUGAGCGAAAUGACGUUUCUAAAAGCGCUGUUUUCGAAUUGUCAUCCGUUCGUUUGAGAGAAUCGACGAUCAUUUGGAGCACUGGAUGGGCAAUUCUAACGCCAAGGAAAACUAUCAUAAUUAUCAGCAAUAUGAUAGUCAGUACAGCCUUAGUAAUUUACUUAGCGGAAGCUGCGUCACAACAACACAGGUUUCUAAUGAGGAACAAAGAUCAUUAUCUCGUGCUUCUCACAGAAGUUGGACCAAUGGCAAUCUACAUAAUAUUUAUGCAUCUUCCAAAACAGUAUGGCCAGUUCCACGUUUUCAGUCAAUCUUCCUCCCAGAAUUCUCAAUUAAAGAGAUACCCAUGAAGACAGGAUAUACUUUCUUAGAUAUAAUAGCCAAAGGCACUUAUGGAAAAGUAUAUAAAGUACAGAAGCAAGAGACUGGUCAAGUCUUUGCACUGAAAGUCAUUAACAAAGCUAAGAUUAUAGCAGAAAAUUGUGUCAAGCAAGCCAAAGAAGAGGUAGCGAUACAAAGAAUGGUUGGACAUCAUCCUUUCAUAGUGAAUUCUAUCCAUAGAUGGCAAAGCAGAAAAACUUUGUAUAUAUUGAUGGAUUACAUUUCUGGGGGAGAAUUACUUUCACUAGUCGAGGAGUUUGGUUGUUUAUCCGAAGAAGUAGUUAGGAUAUAUGUAGCUGAAAUUGCUUUAGCUAUAGAUUUUCUACACAACGCUGGUGUAGUACACAGAGAUCUGAAAACAACAAACGUUUUGCUUGAUGAAGAUGGCCAUGCUGUGAUAAUUGAUUUUGGUUUUGCCAAAUGGUUGCAACGCACAGAACGUACAAAUACAUUAUGUGGAACACCCCUCUAUAUGGCACCUGAAAUCUUAAGAAAAGAAUAUUACGGACAAGAGGUUGAUUGGUGGUCACUGGGUGUGUUAACCUGUUUUUUACUUACAAAUGAGUAUCCGUCCACUUUGUCAGCCGAGUAUUUACUUGAUCAAGAUGAUCUGAAUUGCGCGAAUGUGCCGGGAACCUUACCAACGAAUGCGGAUAUUUCACCAGCAGCGAGGGAUCUUCUGAAACGACUCUUACAACCGGAGCCUCGUCUAAGGCUCCGAAAUCUCCUCAGCCUUCAGCGGAUCGCUUUUUAUAUGGGUUACGAUAUUCAAAGUUACAUGCUAAAAAAGGAAUCGCCAUUCCGGAUUCUAGGAGUGAAUCGACGAGAAACACAGCAACGAAGAGUGGAUUCUUUGGAUCACGCAUUUGCAAAUUUUGAGUCGUUUCCAAAAGAUUCUAACGCUACGCGCACAAGUUAAUGAUCUCAUAAUGUAUAUAUAUAUAUAUAUCAUUUUUUCUAAUUAUAUACAUACAUCUUAUAAAAAAUAUUUUUCUCAUAUGUAUUACACUUUAAAACGCAUAUGUGAAUAUGGGCGUUAUUCAACAAGUAACACAGACACUUUAUCCUUGUUGCUUGCCGAAUGUAAAUAAGGAUGAAAUGAUUCAUCGUUAUACUGUAUCCUUUGUGUCGCUUGUUGAAGAAGGUGUCGCCCUAUAUGUAUAUAAUGCACGCAUAACAAAGUUAUUUUUGAUAAAAUUUGCAUCAGAAUAAUUUUUUAUAUAAAUACUAAUUAAAUGUUUGGAACGAUGCACUUGUCACGCGAGAAUUUUAUAAUCUAGUUAAUGAAUCUCAAAUAGAAUUUCAGUAAUUUAAAAAAUAUAAUU